UUGUGUUUUUUUGUGGCCAUCUUGACGGUUUUCAUCAGUGUUUAUGCCUUCACGUUCAUUUCAAAGGAGAUCCGGUUAGGUCCAUCUAUUUCAUUUCGCGCGUCUCUUGCGGGCGAGAAUGGGCUGAGUUAUGCUCUGCGGCUCGCCUCUGUCUGUCGAAGGAAGCCCCGUCGUCUGCGAGCGCUUGUAGGUGGAUGAUUUCAGCGAGAUUUCUGGAGCGAUGUCUGCCGCAGAAGGAGCGCACAGCCCGGACAGACUCAAUCAGUUUGAGCGGCUGUCUGGAAGGCCUCCGCUGAGAGCCGCAGGCUCUAAGAAGAGAGUUUCCUGGGUACAAGCUCGAAGACUCCUUGGCCAGCCCUGCCCCAGUCUACGGAUCCCUAACAGGUUUUUAAGAGAAGGUCACAGAGCCCCUCCAGCCCGGAGCGGCCAUCGCUGUGUGGCUGACAACACCAACCUCUACGUGUUUGGAGGAUACAACCCCGACUACGACGAAUCGGGUGGCUCGGAGAACGAAGACUAUCCGUUGUUCAGGGAGCUGUGGAGGUUUCACUUCGCCACAGGGACAUGGCAACAGAUCCGUACCGAGGGUUUUAUGCCUACUGAACUGGCUUCAAUGUCAGCUGUUUUGCACGGAAACAACCUGCUUGUGUUUGGCGGGACUGGAAUACCGUUUGGGGAAAACAAUGGAAACGAUGUUCACGUCUGCAAUGUUAAAUACAAACGUUGGUCCCUCCUCAACUGCAGGGGCAAGAAACCCAAUCGAAUAUAUGGACAGGCGAUGGCCAUAAUCAACGGCUUCCUCUAUGUAUUUGGAGGUACGACAGGCUACAUCUACAGCACGGAUCUCCACAGACUGGAUCUGACGACACGCGAGUGGAUUCAUCUGAAACCCAACAACCCUCCGGAUGACCUGCCUGAGGAGCGAUAUAGGCAUGAGAUAGCCCAUGACGGACAGAGGAUAUAUAUUCUAGGAGGGGGAACUUCCUGGACUUCCUACCCAUUAGAUAAGAUACACGCAUAUAACCUUGAAACAAAUUCCUGGGAGGAAAUCACAACUAAACCUCAUGAAAAAAUAGGAUAUCCCGCCCCUCGGAGAUGUCAUAGUUGUGUGCAAAUUAAAAAUGAUGUAUUUAUAUGUGGAGGUUACAAUGGUGAAGUAAUACUGGACGACCUGUGGAAAAUCAACCUGCAGACGUUUCAGUGGAAUAAACUACCUGCAGUGAUGCCUGAACCUGCGUACUUCCACUGUGCUGCUGUUACCCCGGCUGGCUGCAUGUACAUUCACGGCGGCGUGGUGAACAUCCAUGAGAAUAAGCGGACUGGUUCCUUGUUUAAGAUCUGGCUGGUUGUGCCCAGUCUGUUGGAGCUGUGCUGGGAGCGUCUGCUCAAAGCUUUCCCACACCUGGCCCAACUUACCCCGAUACAGCUGCUAAACUUGGGCCUUACCCAGGAACUCAUUGAACGCUUGAAAUGAAAAGGCGAGGGAGCUGUGAGCGUGAGAGACAGAUCGUGUAUGUACUAUGUGUGUACCUUUUUUUUUAUUUAAAUUUUUUUUUUCUCAAGCUGAUCAUGGGCAGGACAACACUUGAAGCCAGCUUGUGGAUGAGAACAGAAUCGACUAAGAAACCUAUCCUAACACAGCCCGCCUUAAAACCAAAAACUAUAGGAUGCCUUUUUUUGUUGUUUUUGCUUAUGCACCUUUUAAUGAUUUGAGAGUGAAUAUAAAAUUAUAAAUUAUCCCUCAAAAGGCUCUUUUCUCAAACACUACAGGUCAGUGACCUGAAUGAAAGCUGUUUAGUUUUUUUUUUUUUUUUUUUUUUGUUGUUGUCAUUUUUCCUCGAGAUUGUAAUAUUGUUAUUUAUUGGCCUUCAGUAGUGAUAUUGGGGACGUGUUGAGUUGUUUUUAAUUGAUGUAUCUUAAGUCUGUUUCCUCUCCUGUCAAAUAAUUAUUUAAGUUUUAUGAAUUACCACACCACGGCAUGAAUAUUCGAUCAGCAGUGAUGUAUUCGGGUUAAAUUAGCGAUUCACUGUUUGGAUCUCUGAACAGACUUAUGCAGAACUAUUGAUCCCUGGGAUUGUGAUUUAAGGUUUUACUUUAGUGAAAAUGGUGCAAAACAGUGUUGAAGAGUUGAAUGUUUUAACAAAAUGGGUUUUCACAGAGAUUGUUGAUUUUUAGAUCUGCAGUUUCAUCUGCACUUAAGGCACAAACACCAGACCAAGUAAUGUUUCAACAAAGCUGUACAGUCAUAGCAGAGCUGUUUCCCGUGCUUCACCCAGUUUUGUAAACCAAUCGUUACAUCACUGUGAACAAGGUGCUCCUUAAUUUACUUUUAAUGCUUUUACUGAAAUAAAAUGUUUUUCCUUAAACGAACCAUCCCUCAUCCAAAUGUUUAAACUGACACAUCGACACAUUUAAUUGAACUAGUGCCUUUACGGAGCAAGAUGUGAUAAUGUGCUAAAUUAAACAAAGCCUUGCUAAAAGCACUUUAUUAUUAUUAUUAUUAUUAUUAUUAUUUCUCAAAUUCUAUUCUGCAAAACGUUGACCUGAAUUUCUAAUACAACUAAGAUGCGCUUUAUAGCACUUGAUGCAUUUACAGUUAAAAAAAAACACAAAAAAAACGACUUAAAUUUAAAACCGUUUGGUCAGCACAAUGCUAAUGAUAUUUUGGGCCUUGUGUAUAUCUGUACAGAAAAACGGAUAACCUUCCUGUCAUUUAGCAAUAAUGUAGCGGAGCAUCUUUUACUAUGCUGACCUAAAAAAAAAAAAAAAAAAACAACCUCUGAAUUUGGUCGAAACGCCAAAUAUAUAGCAUCUUGAAUUCAGAGUUAAUGCAUUUUGCCUUGUUGGGUUAUUGAACCCCUUACAGUUCAUGGCCAUUUCUUUAACUACACUCAUUAGGCACCAGCAAUUGAUGUAGUUGAGUAAAAAUGUUAAAAGAUUCAUAAUUGCUAUUAUUACACACUCUUUGAUUUAUGCUGUCGAAGCAACUUCUUUCUGGCAUUAGGUCACAUACAGGCCCACCACCUGCCAUUUUCUUUCUGCAUGACUGGAUUCCUGUUUGCAUGGGUCAGGAUUUAAGGGUGCUUUGUCAUACGAGCGUCGAGCAGACCGUGACAACUCCACAUUCAUUUCAAGAAAUUAUUUCCGCGACAAUUUUCACUCGGUCUGCAUGGAGUGAUGGUCCCUUCAUUCGUGUUUUGAUUUUUUUUUUUUUUUUUUUUUUUUUAAAUGAGGGGUCUCGCUGGACUUCGAUUCCUCAGUUGUGCAGCAAAUGUUCAAGGUACUCACCGGUUACCUGUAACUUGUGUUCCAGUUGUGUUUGAUUGUUGAAAAAUUAAUAAACUUGUUACUGGUG